AUGGUCGAGACCGACGAACUACCUUAUGCCAACAAUGAUGACUCAGAUCCUCAAGUCAUGGCAGUACAAACUCGAGCACAAAUUCGAGUAGAAAAACAACAACAAUUGGACAGAGAUUCCAGAGAUAGUGAAGAGAAAGGCCCUGAGAGCCCAACAAAACUCCGGGAAUGGAAAAAGAAGCAGAAGUUAGCCACCAAGAUACAACGGCAACUCGCUCUACAACCACCUGAAUUAACACCAGAACACAAUUCGGCAAACUUCGACGAAAUCCAAGAAGUAGCAGAGACUAUCCUCAACCAAAAUAUUCAGAUCACCGUCGGCCAACUGCUGAAGAUUACACCCUACCUCACCAAACAGCUCACUGAUCUGACAUCUGCACCAACCAACACUUUGACAGACUUGUCCAUACUCAACUUGACACAAACAGCUGUUGACACAUUUCGAAUUGAGAUUCAACCGGGCGAUUGUGACAAUAAUGUUCCGACAAUCGAACUACGGCUCAACAAACACCUUGGUCGAGGAGCCAUAAUUGAUGGCGGCUCCAGCAUUAAUAUUAUUGAAGACAGUCUUGUUCAACAACUCAACAUCAGCCCAGUCCACCCAACACCUUUCAAUGUCCAAAUGGCCGACCAUCGAUCUGUUCAACCCAAAGGCAUCAUCCGAAAAGUCAACACCACCAUUCAAGGUGUCAAAAUACCAGUCAACUAUGUCCUCAAACUACUGGAGCAGACCGACGGAUACUCGAUUCUCCUCGGUCAACCUUGGCUCCGAACUGCCCAAGUUUAUCAAGAUUGGCCCAAUGACAAUCUUAUCCUUCGAGGACCGGACGGACUGACAAGCGUGUCGACAAAAGCGACCAAAUCGCUGUCCAGCCACAACCGACCUAUUGACUUGGAAGAAUAUAAUCUCGAAGAUGGCCUCGACGACUAUGAAGAACAACAAAUUCUCAAAGCCUACCCUGAUCUCAAACCUUUGGCCGAGAUCGACCUGUUUCGAAUCGUCGCCGACUUCCAACGAGAAUGA